CCGCCCAUUAUAAAAAUCUUAGCUUCAGGACUGUAGAGACAAAUGGCGGAAACUACAUGAAUUUGCCUUCAAAAUAAAAUACAAUCGUAACCUCAACUUAGCUUUUUCACGGACGCACUUUUUGUUUGAAGGGCUGUUGUCGGAAGCACAUUUCACACUUCUCUCUGCUUAACAACAACGCGUCAUUCGGGCUGCAGAGUACUAACGUCAAACUCUUUUCGUUGAAUGUUUUUUCACGUUUUAGAGAAAGGAACAUUUUCGGACAUACUACUACGACAUAGCACAGCUAUCAUAAAUACAAGCAGUCUGCUGGGUAGAGUGAGUUGUAUGACUGUUUGGAUAACUUGCUUGUAUAAUUGACGAGGCUCCGCUGUUUUGAGCAGAAACGAAACGCUUUGAAAAGCUUCAUAGACAGCUGGAACAACCCGCAUUAGUUGGACUGUCUGCUUCGCUGCCAACAACAAUGAGCUGCCUAAAAGAAGAAACUCGAAGUGUCUCCCCUCACUGCCCCAAACCUGACGAGUCUGAGGAGCCGCUGGGCACAGCCAUUGAAACUGGUGCUACUGCAGAUGAGAGUGUGAAGUCUGAGAGUAUGACAGCUGAAGUGGUGAUUACUAAGGAAAUGGAGGAAGAAGAGAAGAAGCUAAUGGAGCAAGGCGAGAGGAAAGAGGAGGAGAUGAUGAAGAAGGCCAGGGAGUCUUGGGAGAGGGACUCGCAUGACAUGCGGUUCAAGAGGCUCCAGCAUUUGCUUCAGAAGAGCAACAUCUAUUCUAAGUUCCUGCUGACAAAGAUGGAGCAACAACAGAAUGAGGAGAGACUCGGGAAGGAGAAACUUGAGAAGAAGGCCAAGAAGAUGCAAAAUGCCAGUGGUCCAGAAGCUGUCAAAGCAGAGAAGAAGAAAAGGAGAAGAGAUGAAGACUAUAAAAUAGCAGAUGUGAUGUCAAAAGAAGAAAUUAUGUCGCAGGCAAAGAAAGCGAAAGUGGAAGAAGUGGAAGCGGCACCUGCCCAGAAGAAACUAGAAGCUGAGGAUAUUGAGAAGAUGAGCGAUUCCAACCAAGAUAUAAAGAACCGGCUGUCAGAGACGGUGCGCGACAACGCUAAGCACCUCCUGCAUCCUCAUAGGAAGGUGAACGGGCAGCCAGUUCCUGUUCAGCAACCACAGCUCUUCACUGGAGGCGUCAUGAGGUGGUACCAGAUCGAAGGCAUCGAGUGGCUGAGGAUGUUGUGGGAGAACGGCAUCAACGGGAUCCUGGCUGAUGAGAUGGGCCUGGGAAAGACCAUCCAGUGCAUCGGUCACAUUGCCAUGAUGAUAGAAAAGAAAGUGCUAGGCCCCUUCUUGGUGGUGGCUCCUCUCUCCACUCUGCCCAACUGGAUCAAUGAAUUCAAACGCUUCACACCAGAGGUGUCUGUGCUGCUUUACCAUGGCUCUCAGGCAGAGAGGACCGAGCUGCUGAAACAGAUCUGCCGGCCUCAGGGGCCUCUCAGCAUGUGCCCUGUAGUCAUCACCUCCUUUGAGAUCUCCAUGAUUGACAGGAAGUUGUUACAGCGCUUCCAGUGGAAGUACCUAAUAGUGGACGAAGGCCACAGGAUCAAGAACCUUAACUGUCGGCUGGUGCGGGAGCUGAAGAUGCUGCCCACUGACAACAAGCUGCUGCUGACAGGCACACCGCUGCAGAACAACUUGGCUGAGCUCUGGUCCCUGCUUAACUUCCUCCUGCCGGAGGUCUUUGAUGACCUCAAAAGCUUUGAGUCGUGGUUCGACAUUAACACCCUCGGUGAGGUCGACAGUAUGGUGGUCGCUGAACGUGAGCAGAACAUCCUGAGUAUGCUGCACCAGAUUCUGACUCCAUUCCUGCUGAGGAGGCUGAAGUCAGAUGUGACGCUGGAGGUUCCUCCUAAAAAGGAGAUCAUUGUGUACGCUCCUCUGACAGCCAAGCAGGAGGCUUUCUACACUGCUGUAGUCAACAAGACCAUUGCCAAGAUGCUGGGCCAGGAAAAGACAGAGGCGCCUGUAGCCCUGACAUCCAGCGGCAGGCCGAAGCGGCGCAGCCGGAAGGUAGUGGACUACAAGGAAACGGAUACAGACGCUCCAUAUGACCUGGAGAAAUAUCUGGAGAGGGUUCGCAAGGAGCUGGAGCCGAGCUCCCAUCCAGUGCUGGAUGUCCAGAGCCCGCUGGAUGCUCAGGUCAGCCUGAAGCUGCAGAACAUCCUCAUGCUGUUAAAGAGAUGCUGUAACCACCCGUACCUGGUGGAGUACCCCCUCGACCCCGCCACAGGGGAGUUCAAGAUCGAUGAGCAGCUGGUGCAGAGCUCUGGGAAGUUUCUCAUACUGGACAGGCUGCUGCCAGCGCUGAAGAGAAGAGGUCAUAAGGUUCUAAUUUUCAGUCAGAUGACGUCUAUCCUGGAUAUUCUCAUGGAUUACUGCUAUCUGCGGGGCUUCCACUACAGCCGCCUGGACGGCAGCAUGUCAUAUGCUGAGAGAGACGAAAACAUGGCCAGGUUUUCCAAAGAUCCAGAGGUGUUCAUCUUCCUGUUGAGCACCCGAGCAGGAGGACUGGGAAUCAAUCUGACAGCUGCUGACACCGUCAUCAUCUUUGACAGCGACUGGAACCCACAGGCAGACCUGCAAGCUCAGGACCGCUGUCACCGCAUAGGACAGACAAAACCAGUAGUGGUGUACCGCCUGGUCACAGCCAACACCAUCGACCAGAAGAUCCUGGAGAGGGCGUCUGCCAAGAGGAAGCUGGAGCAGAUGGUCAUCCACAAGAACAAAUUUAAAGGUGGGAAGGCAGAGCUGAAGCCAAAUAAAAGCUGCAUUGAUCUGGAUGAGCUGCGGGAGCUGCUCAAAGCUCGAGGCACUGAGAAGGAGGUUAAAGCUUCGAAAGGGAAGGUCAUCAGUGACAAGGACCUGGAGAUUCUGCUCGAUCGCAGCGACUUGCUGGACAAAGAAAAGGACGGCAUGAAGAAGGCGAAAGUGGGAGUCUUCAGAGUGAUCGACGCCAAAGAGUCAUCGGAGAUCACGCUGGGCUGAGAACAGCAAAGCUGCAGCCAUGUCACUUACAACCACUGAACACCUGAAACUGCUGUUUGUACAGUUUGUGUUUUGUAUGUAAGGUGCUCCCCUGUAGUCUCAGGAGUGAGGGGGUUUUUUUUGCUUUUGUUAUGAUGGCCCUUCUACGACUGGACUGACUCCAGCGUGUUCAACUUUUAACUUCAUCAGGCAAAACCAGAUUCUCUCCAGCUGAGCCAACAAAACUGCCACAAGCUAGUUCACACACUUUGGUGUCACUGUGCGGAUUUUUACAGAGAAAUAUUUCACUGAGAUACUCUGCUGCUCGUUAACAAAAUAGUGCCCAGGGUCGAUUUUCUUUAAGGCUCCUUUUAAAAGCCGUUUAUCAUCAUUCCCAGAAUUGUACUUAAAACACUUUGAUGCAGCUGGAGUUGGAUAUGUUCUCAUGCCUUGAAAUAAAGAGACUUAAUUAGUGUUUUAUUUUCAUGCAGUUUCUGAUUAAAAGUUUUUGUUAAUCAAAAAAUGCAUCGAGUCAGUUAAACCUCUGAGAUAUUGAUCUGUCAGGUAAGUAGCAGACUGAGGUUGGUAAAGUUUCAGCAGCUUUGGUGUUAAAUAAUUGCUUAUUUCAAUGUUUUUUCUCUUCAAAUGUGGAAUUUCAACCAGGCGCCCUGUUUGGGCUACACAACGCGUUUACAACAAUGUGUUUUAACCCUGUCCUAUGGAGGUCAUGUAAACAAAAGGAGCUGUAAAAAGUAGCAGAAAUGAACUGAAAGUAGCUGCAUUGUCUCAGCACUGCACACAGCAAGCAGUGUUUAUCAGUAACGUCAUCAGUAUUACUGAUGGUACAGAGGCUUCCUAAGCAAAGUGGACUAAACGCACCCCUAAUCCCUGAUAUGGACCGUAUUAAUAGCUAUGCAAAGCCUGGUUCAGCUGAUACUCGAUUCCUCCAGAUUUUGAGCCUGCUUCCUCUUAAGGCAUGCCUGCCAGGGUGGGCCUCUGCCCAACUUUCACCUCAGUCACACCCAUUAUUAGCAGCUGUCCUCUAUGCACUUGACAGCUAACAGGUUCGAUUUAGUGGCAUCAAGGAUGUUAGUUGUUCAGGCUGGAGCAACCUGUAAGAGCCUUUUGAGUGAGGUUUUACCUUUACUGUUUCACAACAGCAUAAAAAGGGAAGGUCCGCAAUUUAGACUUUUGAUAAAUGGACCAAUUCUUAUGUAGUGCUGUUCUACUCUCUUAGAGAAGUCAGAGCACUUUGUCAUGGCCAGUGAUCAAAAACCACUGAUCGAUGGCCAUGAGUACCAUCACAGAGAGUUGGGGAGAGGCUGCAAUCACAGCAUUGUAAGAUGGUGAAAGAUGUACCCUUGUGGAUGAGGACAACUUCCCCCAGUGUCUAUUCUUACGUGUAGACAUUGUCUUUAAUUUUAAAGACAGCUGUGACAUCAUCACAUCCUGGAGGGCAGUGACUGAGCAGCUUGUUUCGAUGACAUGUUUCAGUUAAUACAAGCACACCAACAUCUUUAAAAGAUUUCAUGAAAAGGGUGGAGGCAGGAUGUUCCAGCUGUUUCUCAAAGAAGACAGUGUGUACAGUGAGACAAAACUGAGUUAACAUAAAAACUGCUGAUACAUUUAUAAUACUGAAUAUAAUUCAUUAUGUACUCUAUGGAGGCAUGUACUUGUUAUAUUAGCAUUGUACAAACUGUUACUGUUGCCUUCUCAUUGGGUGUUUAGUGGAAUAAUUCAUUUUUUCCCAGUUCAAUUCAACUAUGUCCAUGGUUUCAAACUACGCUUGCAACUGUAGCUCAUUACAGACUGUGCAGAAACAGCUAAAUGUGGAAACAAAAUGUGCAAAGACUUCCUGGGCUUUCUUUUGUUUGUAUAAAAAUCCUGAUGCAAACAAUAAACGAGGAUCCUUAUCAC